CGGUUCGUGCGUUCGAGAGCAUUCGAGAACAGUUUGCGAGCGGCCGCGCGACGGUACGGUUGAUUGAAGAGUGGCGGUGCGUAGCGUAUUAAUAAUUAAUCGAGUGAUCGCUACCACAAACCACCAUCACGCCGUCGUAGCAUGUACUCAUUAGUCCGAAGCCACGUACACCGCUUACCGCAUCGCGAGCCGCGCAACAAACUCGUCUCCUACGGCUACCGUUAGGACAGCCAUUAUAUUCCUUCGCGGUUCUUUCGCUUUCACGCAUGUGACACGGGGAUAACGGAGUUUCACACCCUUUUGAAUCUACGCGCGCGUAGUCGCGGAUCUUGUGUGUGUAUGUGUGUGCGCGUGUGUUGUGUGUGUGCGCGCGCACGGUGAUAGUAUGAUUUUCUCUUGGAUAUUCCAGUGAGUCCGUGUGGUGAGCGCCUUAUACCGGGUGGGCCGAGUCGAUCGCGCGCAAAGUGUGAAGCGGCGUAAUUUUUUUUUUUUUUUUUGCUAUCGCUCUCGCUGUGCCGUACGGAAAAAGAGAGAGAGAGAGAGAGAGAGAAAGUUGAGAGCAGUUGGUCUGCGACGAGAGCACUGGUAAAGAGAUAGAGUGAAAGAGGAGAAGAGCGAGAGACGGGUGGAAGGGAACGAUCCGGUGUAAAAGGAAUCUCAACCCAUUUCCAAGGAGAAUCCAGUUGUCAGGAUGAGUUACUGCACCAACGCGCCCAUGGUCACGCACACUUGCGAGACUCUUCUUAGCAAGUGCGAAAUUCCGAUCAUCGACCUCGCUCACAUGGGCACGGAGAGAUGCCCUCAGAAGGGAGUCGUCAAGCUGGUGGCCUCGAAACUGCUAAGGGCGCUGUCCGAGAAAGGAUUGGCCUUGCUGGUCAACCACGGCAUUCCAGAAUGGAAGAUGAAGGCAGCUUACAGAGUUCUAGAUACAUUUUGCGAAUUGCCGAACGAAACGCGAGCAAAAUACGAACGCGUUUCGCCGGAUAAUCAUGGCUACGUUAAACCAGGCACGGAGAAAUUUUCGGACGAGAUGGAGCUUCGUCAUGCCUUUAACGUAACCGGAUGUGGACGAAUUCUACCGGAAGAUGAGGUUCCUGGAUAUAGAUCAGCAGUGGACGAAUUGACACGUGAUUUCAAGCAACUAGCCACUAUGCUUCUUACCGCUCUAUCUAUGGGUUUGGAACAAUCCCACGACUUCCUGUUGUCGAAGCACGCGCACAUACUCGGCCCUGACAACGCAUCCACCCUGCGUCUCCUCUAUUAUCCGCCACUCGGUACACCGGUACAAGGACUGACCCGAUGCGGCGCCCAUUGCGACUAUGGCACUUUCACUUUGUUGGCGCAGGACUGCGAGGGUGGCCUUGAAAUUCAAACUGGAGAAAGAUGGGCUAGAGUAGGUCAUCUCCCAGGCGCCAUAUUAGUGAACACUGGCGAGUUAUUGGCACACUGGACCAACGGGCAGCUUCCAGCACUCAGACAUCGCGUUGUUAUGCCGGAACACUGUGGUCGCGGCCGUCAUUCCAUCGCUUUCUUUGUACAUCCAGACGACAAUGUUCCUAUCGAGCCGUUAGAUACAAAGAUCACCAUAGCCAACCAAGAAACAACUCUUUGCCGUCUCCAGAAAAAGAAACGUAGCGUCCUCACGGCGUAUCAGCAUCUUCAACGUCGUUUUCGCGAGACUUACGCGUCUUAAUAUGCUGUAUGCCAGCCUGAAUAUUCUGUCAGACUGACCUAAUGGAUCAAAAAACCGAAAACUAUAAGUCUU